AUGCAAGAGAAUGUUGAUUUGCCUCCUUGUGAUCAACAUUCCUUCAGUUUCCCUCUUUUCCCGCAUCCCAAGUUGGUCGAAGAAGAGCACAACCCACCAUUUUCGCCGCAUUCAUUUCCGGGAUUCCCACUGUGCACAAGCCGCAAGCGAGGGAAUGGCGGUGCGUCGCGGGCUCUCGACCGAACACGCAGGAACGGAGGGAAUUUGUCGCGCGAUCGCAACUUUGACCUCGAACCUGCGACAAGAGAGAGCGCAGAGAGAGGGAAGAGAGUGGAGGUUUUUGUGAGAGAGGGAGAGAAAAAGACAGGCUGUGAAAAAGGAAAGGAACGCGCGACAAACGAUCGUGAGGAGAAAUCGCUGCGGCCAAAACGAGGGGGCGAGAGAGUGCGUGCGGCCGAGAGGGUUGUGAGAAAAAGAGUGAAAGUUUUUGAAACCGAAAAAGAACGAAAAGGGAAGCGUCGCGCAGGCGCAUCGCAGCGACACAAACGAGAUCGGUGA